AUGCUGGGGUCCCUGGUGUUAAGGAGAACAGCGCUGGCGCCGCGGCUCCUCCUCCAUCUGCUUAAGUCUCCAUCACUCGGAAGCCACCGAGGUCCCUCCGGUCGGAGUGUGACCACCGGGGGCUGCGGCGAGCCGCCGUGGCUAAGGGCGGCCACCGGGGGGCGUCUUGCAACAUCGCUGGCCUCGCUCACCCGAAGAGGGGCUGCCACCGGGGGGCGCCACGGAAGACGCACCGAGACCCAGUGCCUCGCAGUCGCCUCGUGGGGACGCCUUCCUGGCCCCGAAGACACACUCCCGGGACAGAACUGCUGGAAUGGGGACCCCACCAGAGCCAGACUGGGCAUGUGGGCCCUGGCCACGGCGCUGGUGGUUCACUGUUACAGCAAGAGCCCGUCCAGCAAGGAUGAAGCCCUGAUGGAAGCUGCUCGAGCCAACAAUGUCCAAGAAGUCAGCAGGCUGUUGUCGGAAGGUGUAGAUGUCAAUGCAAGGCACAAACUUGGUUGGACAGCACUUAUGGUGGCAGCCAUCAGCCGAAACGACAGUGUGGUGCAGGUUCUGCUUGCUGCUGGUGCUGACCCAAACCUCGGAGACAAUUUCAGCAGUGUUUACAAGACUGCCAAGGAGCAGGGAAUCCAUUCUUUGGAAGUCCUGGUCACCCGAGAGGAUGACUUCAACAACCGGCUGAACAACCGCGCCAGCUUCAAGGGCUGCACAGCCCUGCACUAUGCUGUCCUUGCCGACGACUACCGCACAGUCAAGGAGCUGCUGGAUGGAGGAGCCAACCCCCUACAGAGGAAUGAAAUGGGACACACACCCUUGGACUAUGCCCGAGAAGGGGAAGUGAUGAAGCUUCUAAGGACUUCUGAGGCCAAGUACCAGGAGAAACAGCGGAAGCGUGAAGCUGAGGAGCGGCGCCGAUUUCCACUGGAGCAGCGGCUGAAGGAGCACAUCAUUGGCCAGGAGAGUGCCAUUGCCACAGUGGGUGCAGCGAUCCGGAGGAAGGAGAAUGGCUGGUAUGACGAAGAACACCCUCUGGUUUUCCUCUUCCUGGGAUCAUCUGGAAUAGGAAAAACUGAGCUGGCCAAGCAGACAGCCAAAUACAUGCACAAAGAUGCCAAAAAGGGCUUCAUCCGGCUGGACAUGUCUGAGUUCCAGGAGCGGCAUGAGGUGGCCAAGUUUAUUGGGUCCCCACCAGGCUACAUCGGCCACGAGGAGGGUGGCCAACUGACCAAGAAGCUGAAACAAUGCCCCAAUGCCGUGGUGCUCUUUGACGAGGUGGACAAGGCCCAUCCAGAUGUGCUUACCAUCAUGCUGCAGCUGUUUGAUGAGGGUCGGCUGACAGACGGAAAAGGGAAAACCAUCGACUGCAAGGAUGCCAUCUUCAUUAUGACCUCCAACGUGGCCAGUGACGAGAUCGCACAGCACGCACUGCAGCUGAGGCAGGAAGCCUUGGAGAUGAGCCAUAACCGUAUUGCUGAGAACCUUGGGGAUGUCCAGAUUAGUGACAAGAUCACCAUAUCAAAGAAUUUCAAAGAGAAUGUGAUUCGGCCCAUCUUGAAAGCUCACUUCCGGAGGGAUGAGUUUUUGGGACGAAUCAAUGAGAUCGUCUACUUCCUCCCUUUCUGCCACUCGGAGCUCAUCCAGCUAGUCAACAAGGAACUGAACUUCUGGGCCAAGAGAGCCAAGCAAAGGCACAACAUCACACUGCUCUGGGACCGAGAGGUAGCAGACGUGCUGGUCGAUGGCUACAAUGUGCACUAUGGCGCCCGCUCCAUCAAGCAUGAGGUAGAACGCCGUGUGGUGAACCAGUUGGCAGCCGCCUAUGAACAGGACCUCCUGCCAGGGGGCUGCACGCUGCGCAUCACUGUGGAGGACUCAGACAAGCAGCUGUUCAAGAGCCCUGACCUGCCCUCGCCCCAGGCUGAGAAGCGCUCACCCACAUUACGGUUGGAGAUCAUCGACAAGGACAGCAAGACCCACAAACUGGACAUCCGGGCACCACUACACCCUGAGAAGGUGUGCCACGUCCUCUAG